CUUUUUUUUCUUCGGCGUUCAGCGAGGCGAGGCGCCAUAUUGAAGAGUUCUCCGUUUUCUGCAAAACCUCGAAAAAUACCCCGUUAGCCACCAUGCUGUACCUGGAGGACUACCUGGAGAUGAUCGAGCAGCUACCCAUGGAUCUCCGCGACAGGUUUACGGAAAUGCGAGAGAUGGACCUGCAGGUUCAGAAUGCGAUGGACCAGCUGGAACAGAGAGUUAAUGAGUUCUUUGCCAACGCUAAAAAGAACAAACCAGAAUGGAGGGAAGAGCAGAUGGAGGUUAUUAAGAAGGAUUACUAUAAGGCUUUGGAAGAUGCAGAUGAAAAAGUUCAGCUAGCCAAUCAAAUCUAUGAUCUGGUGGAUCGACACUUGAGGAAGUUGGAUCAGGAGUUGGCCAAAUUUAAAAUGGAAUUGGAGGCUGAUAAUGCAGGAAUCACUGAGAUCCUGGAGAGACGGUCGUUGGAAAUGGACAGCCCUUCUCAACCUGUCAAUAACCACCAUGUCCACUCUCACACCACAGCAGAAAAGAGGAAGUACAGCGCUCCAACCCACCACACUACUGAGCACGUGCCAGAGAAGAAGUUUAAAUCUGAAGCCCUGCUCUCAACACUCACAUCAGAUGCUUCUAAAGAGAAUACGCCUGGAUGCAGAGUGAACAGUACCUCCACCUCCUCAAACAAUGCGUACAACGCCAACUCCUCCCAGUCUCUUUCCUCCUAUAACCUGAGUUCUUUGCCAGCUGGUCCAGCUGCUGGUGCAGGGGCUAUUACUAUGGCAGCAGCCCAAGCAGUACAGGCCACAGCACAGAUGAAAGAGGGCAGGAGAACGUCCAGCCUGAAGGCGAGCUAUGAGGCUAUUAAAAACAAUGAUUUCUUGGGUCGGGAGUUUGCUCUAAACAGAGACUCGUCUGGCUACUCAUCCUCUGCACUGGCCUCCACUCUCACACAGCCCCUCACACCCAGCAACAGCUCAGAUUCCCGCACAGGACGCAAGAACAAAAGCAACACCAAGUCUUCCAAUCAUCAGUCCUCCUCGUCCUCCUCCUCUUCCUCCCUGUCGUCCUGCUCCUCCUCCUCAGCCCUGGCUCAUGAGCUGGUCCAGCAGACAGCAGCACUGCCUGAGAGUGACAGCAGUGGCCAAGUGGACUGGACAUACGACCCCAAUGAGCCUCGCUACUGUAUCUGCAACCAGGUGUCUUAUGGUGAGAUGGUUGGCUGUGAUAACCAGGAUUGUCCGAUUGAGUGGUUCCACUACGGCUGUGUGGGCUUGACUGAGGCGCCUAAAGGAAAGUGGUAUUGCCCACAGUGUACAGCAGCAAUGAAGAGGAGGGGAAGCAGGCAUAAAUAAGACGUAUGGCUACAUGUGGAUGACGACCCUACUCUUCUUUCCUCCUUAAAUCCCUGUCGACAGACUUUUCUCACUGACCAACCAAUCCCUUGUUCUUUAAAAAAAAAAAAAAAAAAAAAGUGUCUGCCUGAAAGAACUUCUUCAAUGUGAUCCGCAGACACAUCCUCAUCAUUAUCAGGGCGAAUAAGGGUGGUAAACACUUUUUUUUUUUUUUUAUAAAGAAAGCGUGUUCAUGUAUUAAGUAGUCAGCCCGGCUCUGUGUAGUUUGAUGCUACUGGACUUCUUCUUCAGGCGGUUCAUAGUCUCCCUCCAUCUUCCACAAGUCCUAAUUGGUGGGGGAGGGUCAACCGUGCACCCAAAACUCAGACAUUCCUCAGUCUGCCACGCGUGAUGGAGGGGUGGGGUCAUGACCUGGAGUACACAUUAGUGCAGUGUGCUCCUCUAUAAUCCAUAUUCACAGAGACAGAGACAGACUUGGGGAAAUAUUCCACAGCUGUCGUCAAUGGAUUAUGAACCUCGGACAUUUAAAUACAUUUUUUUUUUAAUCUUAACGAUGCUUCUGAAUGAGAAGAUUCUAAUGGCAUUGAUUUAUGCCUAGAAACGUACUGGUGCUGUUCACCAGUGAAGAUUUUGAUGUUCUCUGGUACCCUGGGUGUAUUCAGUAGACCCAGUGUUUCAAUAAAAAAAAUGACCUGAAGUAGCCCCACAAUGCUAAUUUUAGUGUUCUGCUUGAUCUAACACACUCAUUUUAACUUAAUUAAGGGCUUUUUAGUUAGUUAAUGAGUUCAGGUAUGUUGGAACAAGCGGAGACGCUAAAAAGCACAGUGAAUGAGGUACUUCAGAGCCAGGAUUGAAGAAAUGCUGCAGUAGACAAUGUUAUAUUGUGCCCCACUUUGGGGAAAAAAAAAGGCCUUGAGUAGCCCAAGACAGGAUGCUGUCAUAAAUUUGUACACACAGUUCAAGGAAUGUCUGCUUAUCUCCAAGUGUGCUCUUUAGGAUGGUGAUUAUCUAAUUAGUCCAUAUUCUGAUGAAAACUGAUUAUGAUAAGGUUUUAUUUCAUUCAUAAGCAGUACAUAAGCAGUGCCGCGAGUCCAUAAACACCCCUGCACAGCAUGCUCAUGUCCGGAGUAAAAAGGGGAGCAGUAUUGCCCACUUGCAGUUAAGCUUAAAUACCUUGGACUCUGUAUUUGUGAGUGAAUCAAAUCACAUCCCAGUGUUCUCCCUUGGGCUGGGCUUUUAAAACAAGAAGCUCUUUAAGAUGUACUAUAGAAAGAACAAAGUGAUAACUGGGGCCCUGUGUGUGUAUGUAAGUGUGUAAAGUAUGUGUGUCUGUGUCUCUAGCCUGUACUGCACUGAAAUGGUGAUUCAAAGUUUCCAGAGAUGUAGAGGAAAAAAAAUCAAAUAAAAUGAUCAACAACUUUUGGUA